GCACUCUUCUCUGUCAAAGAGUUGGAGAUUACAGAGGAUAAAAGGAGUGUCGGAAUGACACUCAGUCGCUGUUAUACUGCUCUUUGUCAUUGUAAAGGACUGGCUUAUGCAGAUCAUGUGAGAAUCCUGUUGUAUGAUGUCAUCAAUCAGAAGGCUGAUGAUGCACCUCAUCUUAUUCUGUCUAUCAUUUCUGCAUGGCCAUCUGUUCUACAAAUGAAUACAUCAUCACCUGUGGAUACAGCAGUUAAGAUCAUUGUAUCACAUCAGCUGCAAUGUCAGCUUGAAAAUGGCCAGUACACGGCAACCAUCCUUCAGAAAUGCUUCAAUCAACUCUAUGAUUGGCCGAUUGUCAUGUCACAGACGCUUGACAAGUUUUGCAUUGAUCUGGUGAAGAAGUUGACAGAUGAGAAUGUUGCUAUUGUAACAACCAAUGCAGAUGGUGACAGCAUCUUAUCUCCUGCUUCCUAUGACCUAGUGAAGGCUGUUGAAUUAGUCGCUGGUCAACUCGGCUGGGCCUGGAUUAAGUACCAGCUCAUCGAUCAGGUUCUAUGGCCGAUGGUCGAAUACUGGAAGUCAAAGGUUCGAGGAUCGCAUAGCAUUAAUGAAGGGUCAAUCUGUGCUGUUUUGCAAAUAAUUGGCGAACUUUCCACAGAUGGACUAUCAUGUGACCAGGAAUCAGUAAUGGAGUUGCUUGCAAAGGUUGGCACAUUGCUGCAGGUGGAUCAUACUGCAUCAGUUUCAUGGAUAAUACAGAUAUUUGUAGUCAAGACACUGAUGCGUUUGUCUCCAAGCAAUCCUCAAUCUGUGCGUGAAUUGAUUGGUGGAUGGAUGUCAAAGUCAACUCAAAUGAUCCCUGCUGUCAUACGGAAUGCUUUCACAACUUUAACAAGAAAUGCUGAAUCUCAAUAAACAUUAGGGAGCCCUUGAUUGCAUGACACGGUAGAACCUAGAACGUAGAAUUCAUACAUGCAUUUGAGAACAUUAUGUUCUCCUUUUUGCAUGGAUUGUAGGAUGCAACUUAAAUGAAUCUACAUUGUGCAGAGAACAUAGGACGGUCACGCAUGAGUCAAUCCGUUGUAGCGUCGCAUCGUUGCAUAAAUUGGAUGGCUAAUAUGCAACCUGUUCAAAUGAAACCUUAACAAAGUUGCACAUUAGCAUUUUGAGAAGAGUACAUUAGUUGGGAGUUAUUAAGCUUGAUAUUAUGUUUAGCUACCCAUCUUCUGACAACUACAGUUUGGUGUCCUUUUAAAACAUGGGUGCUAAGCCUAUUUUGUAACAAUUUACUUAUAUAUAUAUAUUUUAUAUUUUAUUUAUUUUAUAUUUUUUUGCAUAUUAGUAGACUCUAAAAUCGUUUAAGCCUUUGAAACCCUUAAAUUGUCAUAGUUUUCCAGUUUCCCUAGAGCGACGCCUGACCAAACCCACUUGCAUUUCUCAUUAGAGUCCUCCACCCCUGGUGCAGUCCUGUGCAUGCACACUAAUUUGAAGCUGUUUUCGUCAAUUAUGCUCCAUUGAUACCUAAAUUCAACUGCGCCUUAUGGAUUUAAAGAUACUAAUUAACCCUAUAAGUUAUACUGUAAAAUUGUAAGACUGAUGCGAAGCAAAGAAAAAAGUACUAGAGUGGGGAAAAUGGGGAACAACAGUGGCGAGAAGAGGAUUCCAAAUGUUAUUAAAAUACAGAAUAUAUUUAUUAGAAAACACCAUUUCUAAGAAUUUGUCCACUGGUUUUAUGGCAACAAUACAUGUAGCAUUCCCAAUGUCAAUGAGAAAAUGUAGCAUUAACCAAGAUCUUUUGGAACCAAACAUCCUCUUAUGGUAAUUAAUCACACUUGGCUGUCACUACAAACUGUGAUACACACAACAUACAUUAGGAAGCUUUCGAUCGCAUGACGACAGUAAGAUAUAAAGCUUAUGAUGUCAUGUACAGUCAUCUGCACAUGUAAAACCUUAGACCUCGGUAUUAUGCGCUAUGUAAAUUUCACUACGUACGUACAUAUAUCAUUGUACGAAUCCCAGACACAAUUUGGCAUAAGUCUAUUAUGUGCAGAGAAAGUAGGAUGGUCAGAGUUCUGCAUGUUGAAAGUUCUUUCAGUUAAAACUAAAUACCGAACAAUACGCAGACCAACGAUUCCAUUAUUUUCAUUUAUACUCAAGGGCAAGUUCAAGGAAUAAAACUUUUCUUCCCAAAGUUUAA